AUGCCUGGCCGUUUGGCAAAUAAGGUUGCGAUUAUCACCGGCGCGGGCUCGGGAAUCGGACUUGAAUCGUCUCUCUUAUUUGCUCAGGAAGGUGCAACGGUCGUUCUGGCCGACAUUAAUCUGGGCGCUGCAGAUGCCGCGGCUGCUCUGAUCGCUAAGCGCACACCCAACGCAAAGACGAUGGUGUUCAAGACUGACGUCUCCUCUGAGAAGGAUAUCAAGGCCGCGGUCGAUGCUACAGUCGAGCGAUUUGGUCGGCUCGACAUUAUGUUCAACAAUGCUGGAAUCAUGCAUCCACAGGACGACAAUGCGGUCACGACGGAGGAAAAUAUUUGGGAUCUAACGAUGAACAUCAACGUCAAGGGUGUUUGGUGGGGUUGCAAGUAUGCUAUUCUCGCUAUGAGGAAGAACCCGACGGACGAGUCACUCGGCUUGCGGACCGGUGGCUCGAUCAUCAAUGUGGCAAGCUUUGUCGCGUUGAUGGGUGCAGCGACUCCCCAGUUGGCUUAUACUGCAUCCAAGGGAGCCGUCCUUGCAAUGACCCGUGAACUGGCAAUGGUUCAUGCCCGUGAGGGUAUUCGCCUAAACUCUCUUUGCCCGGGACCUCUGAAGACGCCCCUCUUGAUGGACUUUCUCAAUACUCCCGAGAAGCGUGACCGACGCAUGGUACAUAUUCCAAUGGGUCGUUUUGGCGAGGCCAUUGAACAGGCUCAGGCGGCCGUUUUCCUUGGCAGUGAUGAGAGCAGUUACAUUACGGGAACCGACUUCAAGGUAGAUGGAGGCAUCUCCUCAUGCUAUGUGACCCCUCUGGGCGAGCCUGUGCUGGCUCCUCCGAAGAAUCUUUCAGCGGCUACGUAG